AUGUCGUAUUGUGCGGUUUGUCAGCGCUCCAUUUUGUACUUCUUCCUCGAUGCCGACGCCCGUCGGGGUCUCAAACGUGCCUUGGACUUGGAACCCUUCUCCAUCUUGGAAUUUGCGAUGUAUCCUUCGGACUAUGAUGAUCGGCUUUUACACAGGUUUCAGCACUACGACUCUAUUUCUAAGCUACAAAAAUCUGCAAUUUCUUGCGAGCUAUGCUCAUUGAUGCUUCCCUUCCUCCUCGAAAGUUCUACCAUCGACUAUAACGAGGCUCAUUUUGACACUAAGUUUGCCGUAAGACGCCGAGGUGCCAUUUAUCUCCUUCCAUCGGCACAGCAUACGUCGAAUUGGAAAAACGCAGAAACACUCUCUCAGCCUGUUUAUAACAGGAACAGCGACUUCUACUUUUUUGAUAACUUAUAUAAAACAGGCGCAUAUAGUCAUGGUAGCUCAACCGACACCAGCUUAGCUCGCCUAGUCCCUUUGCCAAAAUUUGAAUACCACUACACAUUCCGCAGACCUAGAGAUGAUCAUGGGCAGUUGUCUUGGAUCGCCUUUGCUCAGCCACACGCUUGGGUUGCAAAACGAGCUAUCUGGACUACGGAUCACAUCAAAUUCGAGGCAAGAGUUGAGACAAUUCAGAACUGGCUUGGCAAUUGCUUGACUGAUCAUGAGGAAUGCCGUGUGCCAGAAGUUAGGCGUCCAGCACGGUUCCUUGUCCUUCAUGCGAGUGUAGAUGACGGAGAUCUCCGACUCGUCAGUACAGCCAACCUGUCCCAGUUGAACCGCAUCAAAUACACAGCUUUAAGCCAUUGCUGGGGCUCAAAUACCAAUCACGCAGCUCGCGCUACUCGUGAGAACGUCCAUGAGAAGAUGACACGCAUCUCGUUUCAUUCUCUUCCGAAGACCUUCCAAGAUGCCAUCAAAGUAACCAGAGCGAUUGGCAUAUGGUUCAUUUGGAUUGACUCUCUCUGCAUUAUCCAGAAUGAUGGUGAUGAUUGGGCGAUGGAGGCAUCCAAAAUGGCCGAUGUCUACAGAGGAUCCUAUCUGACUCUAGCAGCUUCCUCAUCACCGGACGCAAAUGGAGGGCUAUUUCUAGACUGCCAAACCCCGGCGAAAGCUGUGAACUUCUCCCCCGAGUUGUUUCCACCGGAAUUUGAACAAAAGCUUCCUAAGAGCUGCUUGGUUCGUCAUCCAGUAGCUUCAAGAGCUGCGAUACUUGACGGACCACUCAGCAAGAGAGCAUGGGUCCUUCAAGAACAGAUUCUGUCGACUCGACUCAUUCAUUUUACCAAUACCCAGAUGUUCUAUCAGUGCACAUUUGGACUAAACUCAGAGGAUGAUGUUAUCAGUAGCAGACUGUCGGAGCUCCCCAGCCUGGUGGAAUUCAAAUUUGAUUACUCAUUAAAGAGGCCUUUCCUUUGGUUCAAGUGGGUAUCCGAGUUCAGCGCCCGUCAUCUCAGUUUUGAUAGUGAUAGAAUACCUGCCAUGGCUGGUUUAAUCAAACACUACGAGCACAUAUCGCUUCAACGGCCCAUCCUAGGUCUUUGGGAUGGCACUUUCUGGAUUGAUCUAGCCUGGUACGGCUAUACACCAGCGAGCAGCAAAACUCGCCACAGCAAUGAUACUUUCGAGGGCAUUCCAAGCUGGACCUGGUUCUCGUCCAAAGCCAAGCGCAUCCACAACUUAUUUGACGAUCUGUGCUUUUUAGAUGGAGGUCAUUUUCCUGAGGAGAACAGCAAAGUCAAGCUAAUUCACUACAGUUGUGACUGGACAGGACCUCCAUAUGCAUCGAAAUUGAAAGGUGCGGAGCUUAGAGUAUCAGGUUCCCUCAAGCCUGUUAGGCUUCAGCAUCCUACAAGUGCAAGCUUGCCCUUCCUCGACGGCGACAAUACAUUCGACUCAAGACAAGGAUCUGAAAAUGGGCAACCGCCUGGGCUGUUGUUAUAUCUCGACAGUGUUAAAAUGAACCUUGAUCAGGAUCGGUUGUUUCUUCUCCGCCUUUUUACGGCCAACGUUAAAGAUAGCAUUUCGGACUUGGACGAUUUUGUCUUGUUACUGCGAGAAGAAAGUCAUAACAACAAUACGGUAUUUCGUCGACUGGGCGCGGGAUAUCUAGCAAGACCACAGCCUGAGCCGUUUAUUCUGUUCAGUACUACUCAUCUGAGCUGUUUGGAUGAGCCAAUGGAUGAAGAAAGCCUCGAUGAAUUAUUCAAGAAACCAGAGGCUCCACCCGCAUUUUUUGACGAUGCUCCUGUUCAAGAAGUUAUACUAGUAUAG